CCCUGCGCUCCCCUUCCUCCCCUCAGCAUCGCGCCUUUUGGGUGGAAAAAGCGUGUGUUUGGUUUUUUUUAACCCCUGCAAAGUUUCUGCCAGCAGCAGAAGGUCUCUGUGCUUAAACGGGCUGGGCAAGUGGUGGCCAGGAGGGUGGCUGUGGUGGCCAGGAGGUGGCUGUGGCGGCAGCAUCGCUACACCUGCCUGCAGGAGGUGUAAUGAGUGCACCGGCCUCAGCUGGGGGAGUGGGAUUGGGUUUUGGCUUGCUGGGGGCUCAGUGAGGCGCCGGGAACAUGGCGAGGUGGCUACCAAGCGUGGGCACGAUGGGUUUCGGGGCCAGGGGUCCCUGCCCAAAGCCCUGGGGAGCUCAGGGGGCUGGCGUGCGCCCCGCCGGGGGGACCGUCCUCGGGGCGGCCGGGGCAGCGUGUCCAGCCCGCCGCCGGCGCGGCAGCUUUCCUUACAAGGAGUUUGGCCGGGGCCCGGGCGGCGGGAGCCGCGCUCGCCUCCGCCUGCCUCAUUCAUCCGCAGCCCCGGCGGCCGCUGCUCCCCCAGCCCCCGGCCAGCCCCGCGUCUCCUCCGGCGGCGGGUUUCGAGGACGGAGGAUGUCCUCGAUGUUCGGCAAACCCCGAGCCGGUGGCGAGCGGCCGCCCCAGAGCCCCCUCGCCGAGUGCAACGUGGCCAUCCUGGGGUGCCGGGGGGCCGGCAAGUCAGCCCUGACCGUGAAGUUUCUAACCAAGAGGUUCAUUAGCGAAUACGAUCCGAACUUGGAGGACACCUACGCCUCGGAGGAGCUGGUGGACCAGCAGCCCGUGCUUCUGAAGGUGAUGGACACCGCCGACCAGGACGGCCCCGGGAACUGCGAGCGUUACCUGCGCUGGGCCAGCGCCUUCCUCGUCGUCUACAGCAUCGAGGACAGGAAGAGCUUCGAGGGCUGCCAGCGCUACCUGGAGGUCCUCGCCCUGCACGCCAGGGGCUGCCAGCGCCGCUGCCCCGUGCUCCUGCUGGGCAACAAGCUGGACAUGGACCAGUACAGGCAGGUCCCCGCAGCCGAAGGGAUGUCCCUGGCGAGCAGGUUCGGGUGCCUCUUCUACGAGGUGUCGGCGUGCCAGGACUUCGCGGGGGUGCAGCACGUCUUCCACGAAGCCGUGCGGGAGGUGCGGCGCCAGGCGGAGCGGAGCCUGCCCGUCCGGCCGCUCUUCAUCACCGAGGAGCGUCCCUGCCUGCCGGUGGCCACGCCGGUCACCCUGCCCCCCUGCCAAGGCUUGGCCAGCUGCACCUUCAACACCCUCUCCACCGUCAACUGCAAGGAGAUCCCCCCGGUGGCCCAGGCCAAGCUGGUCACCGUCAAGUCCUCGCGGGCUCAGAGCAAGAGGAAAGCUCCCACACUCACCUUGCUGAAAGGCUUCAAGAUAUUUUAGGAUGUGUCCCUGCGGGCUGCGGAGGGGGCGGCGAGAGACACCCGUCCCCCCCCGGCGCCGCAAGGGCUGAGACCAUCCGUGACAGACUCACGGGCACCGCAGCCGCCGCUGGCAGAUGGUGGCCCCGCUCUCCGUGCCGGGGCAAAGCCUGCAGUGGCAAUUUGGCGAGCGGACGGGGUGCCAAGAGUCUGAAAUCGGCGGUGGCAUCACUCUGCCUGCCCCUGCCCCGGAUCUUGUGCCCCCUGGCCGAGCGCUGCCGAGGUGUUUGCACCCUGUCCUGCCACCGGCGCCGGGGGCCAGCCUGGCUUUCCAUGAGGAUCUGGGCAGUUCCCGGAGCAGCCGGAACCGAGGGCACUGCCGGGAGGGCGAGGGCUGUCCCCAGGGCCCCUGGCCGGCUUGGGCACCUGGCGCACAGCGACGGGAGCCCAGGAAGGGGGAAUUAAACACAACCAGGCAUGGAGGCACCCGCCUCAUUCGUCUCACAGGUCUCCUGACCAAGCAAUAAGUAGGAGGAAUUUUUUUUUUUUUUUUUUCAAUCUGAAAGAGAAAGGUGCAGGUAUUGUUUCAGCCAACUCAAGGCCUCAGGUGUCCUGAAACUGUUUCCCACGCAUCGAAAUAAGUCAUACCAAAAUAGCUGGUUUUUUAACCAACUUUUUACUCUACAUAGUGUUCCUUCUCAAAGGCUUUUCAAGGAGAGAUGCUUCGCUGAUGAGGACAGGCUCUGAAAAGCCUUUGUUUAAAAGACUGAUGUAUUUCCAAAAAUGUCUUAAAUUAUUUCACGGCUUCUACGUGUGCCCGGUGAAGGGCGAGAAGUGAAUCCUAAAGCAGACCAGGCUCCUCCUGUGCCCAAGCCAGGGCCAAGGGCUGGGCGUUCGGUUUCAUUUGCUGUAUCAGGUUAAAUCUUCUGCUUCUCCCUUGGAGUUGCAGCUACUCUGCAGAGUAAAAUACCUACGUGUAUAUUUGUACAUAUAUAUAUAUAUAUAUGACCUCACUGAUGGAGACAGAGCUUCAACAUGGGCUUUUGAUCAACCAUUUUGGAAAAUAUUUUAAUAAAGACAAUUUCUGAAAAGAACAAAAGCACCUCUGCCUCAGCGUGGCUGUUUUCCUGACGGGACGUGAUGGCGCAUUCCCUGGCUGACCGCAGGAAAAGCCUCCCAUCUCCCACCUCCCGCCUCCCGCCUCCCGCCCCGGCUCAGCUCCCACCCGUUACGGGGAGG